AUGGGAAGCUGGAAGGAUCACGUGCGCUCAGGGCUGCAGCAGAGAGACCGCAGAGAAAAACUCCCAUUUGUUGGCGUUUUCACAAGCUUGUCGCAGCUGGAGGAGCGCUUUGAACUUCGGGAACAGAUUUUGGCGGAUGUUCAGUCUCAGAGUUCAGAAAGCGAUGAAGUUGAGGGAAACGCCAGACUGCUUCGACUCAAGCUGAGAGAGAGCGAACACCUGGUAGUUAAGUUGUCUCAAACUGUCUCCGACCUUACCACGGUCCUGUAUCUGAAAGAAGCUGAACUACAAUACUGGCAAUCACGUGUAUCCCAGUUCCGUCAAGAGGCACUUACUCUGGCUAAAGGGAGUAACACCCUGAAGGCAACCCUUUCAGAAUUUGAGUUCACCGUAGAGUGUCAAUCCAAAGAAUUAGCAACCCUGCGUGUAGAUCACCAAGGCCUUAAGGAAGCUCUUGCAGAUGCCCUGACUGAGAAAGAACGGCUAUUGCAGCGAUGGAUGGAGGAGAAAAUGGAGGAGGCAGACAGGUUGAAUAAAUACAACAUCACACAGGAAAGGUGGCAACAUUUGACCAAACAUCUGAGGAAGCACCUCCAGAAAGAUGUGGAGAAAAAAUGUGUUCACACACUGCUGAACUCUUCAAGUGAUGCAGCGCAGUCUACAUCAGCCAUUCGGAAGAUCAAUAUUACAACAGAUAUGCACAGUGGACUCCCAGACCUCAGUCAUAUCUCAGGUCCACCACAGAUGUAAUAUUCCCUUGGGAUCCCAGGGACAACUUUUUUCUUUUCUUUUUUUUCUCAUUGUCUGUAGGUGAAAUACUAAUUGUCCAUAUGUAAUCCCAGAAUGAUGACGUGUUUUUUUGUUUUUGUUUGUUUUUUUCCCCUUGCAGUGUUAGGACAACUUGUUUGUGUCUAUCUUUUAAUUUAUCUAGAAAUUAAUUUAAAGAUCCACUUUAUUGUGUAAAUUAUUUUUUGAUAUAGAUAUAUGCUAUUAGAGUGCCUAAUUGUACAUUAACUGCUUUCACCAGAGUCACC